AUGGGUGUCCCCUCGUGGCUGUUGCUGGCGACACAGACGACGAACAGGCUUCGGGGGUGGGAGGGCUGGACUAGCGACGGCAUUGAGCUGCACUUGCAGACCCGCUUCGCCCAGCUAGAGGUGGCGGCGGGACUAGAGCUUUGGACUGAGGGCUUCCGCACGGUGGAGGACAUCUACAACAUCAUGCAGAUCGGGAAGAAGACUCCCAAGGCCCGCCUCAUGGCCAGCUACUACGAGAAGCUCACCCGCAUUUUCUGGGUCAGCGAGAACUUCCUCUUCCACGCCUACGCCUGGUACAAGUUCUUCUCUCUCGGAAGCGAGUACAACAAGACGCUUACUUCGGAGGCUAAGGUCACACAGGCGAACUGCGUGCUUCUCGCUGCUAUCUCCAUCCCGCAGAUCAGGUCGGAGUCGGCGAACCAGCUGUUCGACGAAGACGACCUGUCCAAGCAGAAGAAUCAGCGCAUGGCCACGCUCCUCGGAUUCAGCACCGACCCUUCCCGUGAGGCCCUGAUGGACGAGCUCGUCAAGAAGGGAAUCCUGGCUCAGGUGUCCCCCGACGUCCUGGCGCUGUACAACAUCAUCGAGACCAACUUCCGGCCUAUGAACAUUGUGAAGGAUGCCAUGCCGCACAUCGAGACCCUCACCAAGGCGGGUGGUGAUGUCGCCAGCUACGUGCCGUCCCUUGAGCGCAUCGUCGUGCUCCGGCUGCUGGCCCAGCUGUCUUCCGUCUACCACACCGUUACCCUUGAGAGGCUGCAGACGUACUUGACAGGAGUCCGUCUUUCGUUCCAAGAGGUGGAGAAGCUCAUCGUGCGGGCGGUGAAGCAGAGGCAGGUCAAGGUCACAGUCGACCACAAGGCUGGCUGCUUAAGGUUCGGCGGAGAGGUGAUGGAGAGCGACUCCAUGCGCACCCAGCUCAGCACGCUGGCGACCCAGCUGCAGAAGGCUGUCAACCUUGUCAAGCCCGCGGAGCAGACCACCCAGCAGCAGAGGGCCGGCUUCUUCAGUCAAGUGGUGAGCGACAUGCCCCGGGAGCACAGCGACGCGUUGAAUCGCAAGAACAUUAUCGAGAAGCGCAAGGAGGAGGCCGAGCGUCGCGAGCAGGACAAGACCAGGGAAGAAGCCAGACGACGGGGUGGGGUCCGCCAAGAAGAGGACUUGAAGCGGAAGGCGGAGGAGGCUGCUCGCCUGGCCCGUGAGGCCAAGCUUCGCGAGAAGGAGAAGAUCCAACGGAUCGAGCGCGAGCUGGAGCUGCAGCAGACGAAAGAGAUGCUGGCAAGGCUCGGCAAGAAGGCGGACAACGUCGAGAAGCUCGACAAGUCUGGCAGAGAGGAGCUUAUCCGGAAGACGAAGGACUCUGUGGUGAAGGAGAAGGAGGACGAGGACGCUCGCCUCAAGUCUCAGGCCAAGCGCCUCGACUACAUCACGAGGGCCCUCCGUAUCGAGGAGCUGCCGAUGCUCCGCAAGAAGUAUGAGGCGCAGGCGUGGGAGAAGGACAUGGUGGACAAGAAGGCGAUGUCGUACAUGUAUGAAGACGCCGAAGUGUUCCAGUCCAACAUCCUCGAGUCGAGGCAGGCCGAGCACGCUGCAGAGGUCAUCGCAGCCGAAGAACGCGCCAGGGCCUUCCAGAAGCAGAAGAAGGUCGAGCGUGCUCUUUCUCGCAUGCGCAAGGCCGAGGAGGAGGCAGAGCGUGCCAGGGAGGAGGAGGAGCGCCAAGAACGCGAAGCGGAAGAAGCCGCUCGCAGGCCGCUCAAGAGAAGUCAGAGGCUAACAGGGCAGCGGAGAAGCAAGCGCGCGAUGAGGAGCGUGCCUCCCGCGGCCUCGGCCCUGAGGAAGCGGGCCAGCAGCGUGACGGCGGCGGUAACGACCUUCGCGACAGCAACGGCUACGACGACCGGUCCUCUGGAGGCUGGCGCACCGCCGGUGCCCCCCGCGGCGGGGGCGGCGGGGUUGGAGGCGGAGGCGGUGAUGACAGGCGGGCGCCGGCGACAUGAGACGGGAGCGCAACUUCGAGGGAAGGUGGCGUCGCGCCGGGGGCGGCGGUUCCAGCAGCGGGGGCGGUGGUAGUGGCCGCUUCAGCGACAGGGGC